CAUCCUAAACGGUAUACUUGAUCCUCUGGCAGCAGAGGUGUAACGAUCGGAGUCAUCUGAACAGUUGAAUCCAGUAUGUUGGUGAAAGUACUCCUCCUAGGUCUGGUGGGUAUCAGUACUGCCACCCAGUACCAGUACCACCAUGAAUUCCCCUACAGUCGACCGGAGAAUCGUACCGGGUACGAAUUUGGCGCUUGGGAGCCGAACCGCGAAUAUGUGUACAAUGUAACCUCGAAAACGAUGACCGCUCUGGCUGAUCUCGCCGACCAGUGGACCGGUAUUGUUUCCCGUGCUUAUCUGGUUAUUCGUCCGAAGAACCCGAACUACGUAGUUGCGUACGUCAAACAGCCAGAGUAUGCCGUGUUCAACGAGCACUUGCAUUAUGGAUACAACACCGAGUUCCAGAAUCAUAACCUGAAGUGGCAACCGAUGCCGUUGAGCUCAAAGCCUUUUGGAAUCGUGUAUCAUAAGGGCGCCAUCAAGGGCCUCAUGGUUGAACAAACUGUCCCAAACAACGAGGUUAACAUGCUGAAAGCUUGGGCUAGCCAGUUCCAAUUGGAUACUUAUGGAACGAACGCAAUCAAGUCUAAGUAUAAUCAGUUCCCGGAAAACAACACUUUCACUGGUGUUUACAAAGUGAUGGAACCUCAGGUCACUGGUCACUGUGAGACAAUGUACGAUGUCAAAGUUGUUCCGGAGUAUUUGGUUCAGGCUAACAAACAGUGGGUCCCUCAGCCUCAGUUCCGGGAAGAAGGCCAGUACUUCUUGGAAAUUUCAAAAACCCAAAACUUUAGCCGUUGCGAAAAGAGUCUGGAAUAUCACUUUGGAUUUAGCGGUAAUAGCGACUUCAAACCAAACACCAACCAUGUAGGAAAUGUGGCCUCGAAGUCCGUGGUGGGUCACCUGUUCCUUACAGGAGACUGGUUCAACUACACCAUUCAAUCGGCCAGCACCGUUAACAAGGUGGUUGUCGCUCCAUCGCUGGUCAACGAACAGAAGGCUCUGGUUUACUCACAGGUUAAUGUGACCCUUAAUAACAUCUAUCCCUACAACAAAGAACCUGUUGGUCCAGCGGACGACCGCGAAGUUUUUGUCGAUUUGGUGUAUGGCUACAACAUACCCAGUGAUAAGAAGAAUAGUGUGCGCCCAGGAAACGAAACCGACUCCAACUCUGAUUCAUCCUCCAGCUCCUCUUCUUCGUCCUCCUCUUCAUCUUCUUCCUCCAGCGAGGAGAACAAUGACAAUCCGAAAGUCAGCCCAACCAAGCAGCACCAGAAACAAAUGAGCGAAACCGAAAAACGUGGAAGCCGUAGUCGACGUUCUAUCGACAGUUACAAGGAGAAAAAGUACUACGAAGCAUACAAAAUGGACCAACACCGUCUAAGUCGGAAUAAUGAUACCUCGUCCGAUUCGAGCAGUUCAGAUUCGUCGUCUUCAAGUUCGUCAGAAUCCGCGUCUGAUUCUUUGAGCAGUGAGGAAGCUCAUUAUCAGCCAUCUCCGAAAAGUUUCAAGGAAGCCCCUCAGACUCCAUUCUUGCCGUUCCACACCGGUUAUAAGGGAUAUAGCAUCCAGUAUGCCCGCAAUAUCGAUGGACCACGUGUCAUCAGUAAAUUAGUGCAAGAAAUCGCCGAUGAGCUGCAGAAUCCAUCCGCCCUGCCACAGUCUAAUACCCUGAACAAGUUCAAUAUUUUGGCAAGUAUAAUUCGCACCAUGUCCUACCAAGAACUGUAUGACGUCGCCCAGAAAUUCUUCGUGUCCUAUAAUGAACGCAAAGAAGGAGACAACCAUAGCGAAAAAUUCGCCAAGCGAGUCGACGCUUGGAACACCUUCCGUGAUGCUAUAGCUGAGGCAGGAACUCCACCAGCCUUCCAGGUUGUCAAGGAAUUCAUUGGACAGAAGAAACUUCAAGGUUUCGAGGCCGCUAGUGUUAUUGCAAUGCUGCCCCAAUCCAUCCGCUAUCCAACCGAAUCUCUGAUACAUGAGUUCUUCCUUUUGGUCACCUCCGAUGUCGUUCAGCGUCAACAACAUCUUAACGCCACCGCACUGAUAUCGUUCACAAGCUUUGUUAAUCAAGCUCAUGUCAAUAACCGCUCCGCGUAUAACUACUAUCCUGUUCACAGCUUUGGACGUUUAGCCGAUGCCGACUAUCCGAUUGUAGCACAUAAAAUCGUCCCAUGGUUUGCUCAUCAGCUGCGUGAAGCUGUUGAUGCAGAAAACAGCAUCGACAUCCAGGUCUACGUGCGUGCUCUUGGAAAUCUCGGUCAUCCGGAAAUAUUGAACGUAUUUGAACCAUACAUGGAAGGCAAAAUACGAGUUAGUGAUUUCCAGCGACUGGCCAUGGUUGUCGCUUUGGAUAAACUUGCCGAUAAUUAUCCCAAAUUAGCCCGCUCUGUGCUCUUCAAAGUGUACCAGAACACCGGAGAUAUUCACCAUGUACGCUGCGCUGCGGUUCAUCUCUUGAUGCGCACAGAACCACCCGCGGAGAUGUUCCAGCGUAUGGCCGAACACACCCACAACGACCCAAGCGAGUACGUUCGGGCUGCCGUCAAAUCCGCUAUCGAAUCCGCUGCUGAAGCCGAUGAAUAUGAUAACGAAAGCGAACUAGCCGAAAACGCAAAAGCUGCCUUGAAGUUCCUUAAUCCAGAGGAAUUCAGUCUUCAGUAUUCCUCUUCCUAUGUUCGUGAUUACUACUUGGAACAGAUGGAACUCUCCUAUCGUAUUUACUACGCACAGCUGGCCGCUGAUGAUCAUUUUGUUCCCAACGGUUUCUUCUACCAGUUGCGUAAGAACCUGGGAGGUUUGAAACGUUACUCGACCUUCUACUACCUGUUUUCAAGCAUGGAAAGUUUCUUCGACUUGAUUGAGAAUCAAUUCGAUACUAGAAACCUUCGCAAUGCCAGUAACUCGGCCAAAUAUGACAAAAACCAUAUGCAUAUGAAGAGCAAACACAAUACAUACCACGGAUCUUCGAAGAGCGAAUACAGUGACAAAGAACCACAGAAAUGGUCGACCACCCGCAUUGCCAGCUUGUUGAACAUCGACCCGGAGGAAGCCCAAGAGUUGGAGGGACAGUUUUUGAUGCCGUUUUUCAACGGAGAAUACUUCUAUGCCUUCAACAAUCAAACCGUUGAAGAUAUCCCUCGCCGAGCCAGACAGUUCUUCUCUGAUCUGGAAGAUGGUAUGAGCAUGAACUUCACCAAGUUCUACCAGAAGCAGGCUGUCACUCUUGCCUUUCCAUUGGCAUCUGGUUUACCGUUUGUGUACUCUCUGAAAACUCCAACGGUAGUCAAGUUUGAGACUGAAGCUACCUUCCAGACUUAUCCAAAUAUUGCUAACCAGCCCGCUGGACACCCUGAGACCGAAAACGAUGACUUCAUUCACUGGCCAGAAAUUGUCAAUGGAUCAGUUGACGUGAACCUGCUUUAUCAUAGUCUGGUGGACACCAAGGUGGGCUUCAUAACACCGUUCGAUCAUCAUCGAUACAUUGCUGGUUACCAGAAGAAAUUCCAAGGCUACAUCCCCGCUAGCUUUGAGUUCUCCUUCGACUUUAAGAACGAUGAAUACCAAUUUGAGUUUGAACCUCUCCAACCGAAGGAGGAUCAGUUGUUGAUUCACAUCAGCUCGUGGCCGUAUACUGGUUACAAGGACAUUACUGAUGUUCGACCAAUUGCCGAGAAUCCAAACGCUAAAAUUGUACACAACGAAGAUCAAACCACUAAAACUAUUGAGCAUACCUUCGGACAGCAUUUGACUGGUUUUGCACUACGCUUCUACGGCAAAUAUGAUACCGAUUUCAUUGAUAUUGGACGCUUUGCAAAGUUCUUCCAGGAGCAGGAUUAUGUGUCGGCAUUCAUCUACCCAUUCGCUGCCCAGACCUACCAUUAUCAUCAAUUCAACGUUUACUAUGACGCGCAACGUAGUGCGGCUAAAACUAUGAAAUUCAUCGCCCAUUACAGGAAUAAUGAUGGGCAUCCGGAUUACGAGGCGACCGAUAUGAAACAUCCGAAGAGCCGUCAUUCGUACGCUGGAUACUACAACGAGAAGAAUUUCGCCCAGCCCUACGUAUUCUCUGCCGGAAGCCACCGUCGUCAGGAACAGUUCAUAAAGAAUGCCGCUGCUGGAAUUAGAAACAGCGAUGUCGAUUUGUUUGAUUUUGGUUUCGUUUUUGAAGGUCACGAACAGAAGAGUGAAUUUGUGCUGACCACUUCUAUCGCCGACAGUCCAGUUGAUGAGACAUCCCGAUUUUUGUUCUUCUUCUCCGCCAGCCCAUGGAAUGCUGCAAAUUCAUUUUUCAAGGACUUCCCAUUCCCUGGCAAACAAUUCCAGGUGUGUCUGUCCGGUAACAAUCAAUUCCCAAAUGUUCCGAAGCUGAACUUCUUGAAUGCUUUGAAUUAUGGCGCCAAUGGCUCGCUCAACUGGGAGUUGUCGUACGGUGAAAAAUGCCAGGGUGGAGCACAGGUGUCGAUGAAGGGCCAGUUAAAACAGACCGACUAUUACCGUCAUUAUUUGCGUGAAUCGCAUAUCGGUCAGGCCUGUAAACAGCAAAUGGAUCAAGGUUAUUAUCAGUUCGCAGAGUGCCAGAACGCUACUCGGCAGGCUAGCUAUAUGGAUCAAUAUUACUUCAACUUUGAGUACAAGGAUGUGGGACAGGUUGCGAAGAAUUUCUCGUAUAAGCUGAACGAUAUGUUCAAGUUCAUCACCUACCCAUACUAUGAGUCCAACUAUCUCUACAAGGGCAAGGACAACCAGUUCAGAUUUGCUUUCGAGGUGGCACCCAACUUUGAUUACUUCAAUGCUUCAUUUUACGGACCGGAAUAUGCUUUCGAGGUUGACAACCAUCCGAUUGAGGACUACUAUCUGAGAUACUUUGCUAGUGUUCAUCCAGAUAUGGAUUGGUACGAACGAUUGGCUACGUAUGCGUAUCGCGGGGAUUACUAUCCUUCCUGCGCCAUCUCUAGCAAGUAUGUGGAUACAUUCGAUGGGAGGACCUACAAUUACGAGUUUGGCGACUGCUGGCACGCCCUUGUGCACACCGUUAAACCAGAUUACCAAUACUACGCCCAGCAGUCCCACUUCCGGAACUCCGAUAGUGAGUACAAGUACAAGAAUGGUUUCGAAGAAUAUGAGCAGUUCAGCUUGCUAGCCCGCAAUGGACCUCAGAAUGAAGUUUAUCUGAAGUUUGUGCUUGGUCAAGCGAAUGAGAAUGACUAUAUUGUUGACGUUGUCCCCAAUGGAGCGAAUCUGCCACAAGUAUACAUCAAUGGUCAACCUCAGCAGAUCCACGAGAAGUAUGCCGUUGAGAUCGAAUCCAACGAUGAUGGUGAGCAACCACUGUUCCGCGCCUACGCUCUACCUGGUCAGGAAAUUGAGCUUAGCUACCGUGACGGUGAUUUGACGAUUGUGUACGAUGGAUACCGUGCUCGCAUUUAUGCUGAUCAAUCCUACUUCAACGACUUUGUUGGUAUGUGUGGUACCAAUAACGGAGAAUAUAACGAUGACUUCGUCACGCCAAACCAUUGCUACGUGAGCAAACCUGAAUACUUCGCUGCCUCGUAUGCCAUUACCGGCCAGAACUGCUCUGGUCCAGCUAAAGCCUACAACAUUGCCUACCAACAGCAGGUAAAGGCUAGAUGUGUCAAACACGAGGUGUUCUAUGGAAACGUAAUCAGUGAACAGGAGGCCGGACGCAUGCGUUAUCGCUAUAACCAUAAUAUCGACAACAACGACAGUUCAUCGUCUAGCUCUGACUCCUCCAGCUCAUCUUCAAGCUCUUCCAGUUCCAGCUCUGAAUCGAACUCGAGCUCAGCCGAACACAAGGAAUACCAUCCGCACAAGCAGAUGCAGACCCUGAAGGAGUGUCAAAUCAAACACCAGCAUCAGAUGAUCGAACAGUCCGACCAGAUUUGUUUCACCCUGCGUCCACUACCGGCCUGUACAUCAAGCUGCAAGCACACCGAGAAGUACACCAAGUAUGUUGACGUUCAUUGCCGUGACGCUAGCGAUAGUGUGGCUCAGAUGUACAAGAAGCAGAUCAGCCGAGGAGUGAACGUUGACCUCAGCGCCAAGUCGGUAACGAAGACCAUUAGAUUCAACUUGCCCAAGAGCUGCGUCCACAGUUCUGCCUGAGUCUAAUUUACCAUAAACGGAAGCAAUGAAACGAUGAAAUCUACAUAUUUAUAAGAGCAUCGGGAAAAUGUAAAAAAAAUGCUGCAGUAAGAGGACAGCGAAUAAAAGAACAUAUUUAUUAUUCA